UUUUCCUACAUUAAAAACACCCACACACACUGAAUUCUCCAUUAUUAUCUAUCAACAAUAGGCUACUCAAUUAAAUCUUAAAAUUAUAUCCAUCAUAAUUAGCUAGCUAGUAAAAGUUUAAUUGUUAAAAUAUAUAAAAUGCAAUCCCAUCAGUUGCUGCUUGAAGAACCAAUCAGAAUGGCAUCAAUUCUUGAACCUUCUAAACCUAGCUUCUUUCCUGCUAUGACAAAGAUUGUAGGGACUCUAGGCCCGAAAUCGCGGUCAAUUGACACCAUUUCGAGCUGCCUUGAAGCUGGGAUGUCCGUGGCCCGGUUUGAUUUUUCAUGGGGUGACUCUGAAUUUCAUCAAGAAACGCUGGAAAAUCUUAAGAUCGCUAUCAAGAAGACGAAAAAGCUAUGUGCUGUCAUGUUGGAUACCGUUGGCCCGGAGUUGCAAGUUGUCAACAAAACUGAACAUCCUAUUUCUCUUGCGGAGGAAACAUUGGUCAUCCUUACACCUAAUCAGGAUAAAGAAGCCACUUCAAAUCUAUUACCCAUAAAUUUUAGUGGCCUUUCAAAGGCAGUUAAGACUGGUGACACUAUUUUCAUCGGCCAGUAUUUAUUCACAGGAAAUGAAACAACUUCUGUGUGGUUGGAGGUAAAUGAAAUCCAAGGAGAGGAUGUCGUGUGUCUGAUAAAGAAUUCUGCCACUCUAUCAGGAUCACUAUUCACCUUACAUGUAUCCCAAAUCCGCAUUGAGCUGCCAACUCUCACUGAUAAAGAUAAGGAGGUUAUUAGCACAUGGGGAGCGCACAACAAUAUAGACUUCCUGUCAUUGUCAUAUACCCGUCAUGCCGAAGACAUUAGACAUGCUCGUAAAUAUCUCUCAAAACUGGGUGAUCUCAAUCAAACUCAGAUUUUUGCGAAGAUUGAAAAUCUUGAGGGCUUGACCCAUUUUGAUGAGAUCUUACAAGAAGCAGAUGGUAUAAUCCUUUCUCGAGGAAAUCUUGGAAUAGAUUUGCCUCCUGAGAAGGUGUUCUUAUUUCAAAAGGCGGCUGUUUACAAGUGUAACAUGGCCGGAAAACCUGCUGUAAUUACCCGUGUUGUGGACAGCAUGACUGACAACUUAAGGCCCACUCGUGCUGAGGCAACUGAUGUUGCCAAUGCCGUUUUGGACGGUAGCGAUGCAAUCAUUCUAGGUGCUGAGACCUUGCGAGGGUUAUACCCAGUUGACACUAUCUCCGUUGUUGGUAAAAUUUGUGCAGAGUCAGAGAAGGUGUUCAAUCAAGAUUUGUACUUCAAAAAAACUGUCAAAUACGCUGAAGAAAGUAUGUCACACAUGGAAUCUAUUGCUUCCUCUGCGGUGCGUGCUGCCAUCAAGGUCAAGGCAUCGGUUAUCAUUUGUUUCACAUCUUCCGGAAGAGCUGCAAGAUUGAUUGCGAAAUACAGGCCAACGAUGCCUGUAAUCUCUGUUGUGAUUCCUCGACUCAAAACAAACCAACUACGUUGGACAUUUACGGGUGCAUUUCAGGCAAGACAAUCUCUUAUCGUUAGGGGGCUCUUUCCAAUGCUUGCGGAUCCUCGACAUCCUUCUGAGUCAACAAGUGCAACAAACGAGUCAAUCUUAAAGAUUGCACUGGAUCAUGGAAAAACAAUUGGGCUUGUCAAGUCACACGACCGUGUCGUCGUUUGCCAAAAGGUUGGGGAGGAUGCCGUUGUAAAGAUAAUCGAACUUGAAGAGUAGAUGUUAUAAUGCUAACUUUCUUUACUAGUAACUCAUGAUGCUACAAGCCUACAAGUAGUUAAUCUUAUUUGUGUAAUAAUGAAAUACAAUUAAAUACCCUUUCUUUAGUUAUACCAACACCUUCAUCAUAAUUUUAUAUGCA